AUGAAUCCGUUGAUCUUCUUUGCCAAUAUCUUGGACCCAAGAGAUAAGUUGGAAUAUAUGUCAUACCAGUUUGAGGAACUGUAUGGUAAAGAUAAUGGGAAGAAGUAUUUAGAGAAUGUCCAAGCUGCCAUGUUAGAAUUGUUUGGUGACUAUGCAGCAACCUACUAUGUCAAUGUGCAACAAUCUUCUUCUGAUUCAUCUUCUGGUAGCCAACCAGAUGUGCCUCCUGUCCAGGAAUUGGAAUUGGUAAAAAGAGGCAGUAGACGUUAUAUAGGUGAUGGGCGAGAAACAAAAAUUGGAACUGACCAUUGGCUGCCGGUGGAGGAGAACCCUUACGUCCAAUCUGCUUUGCAUGGCAGUGUUUCUGAAGCCACUAUUUCAUGCUUAAUGAAUACACAAGGUACGGGGUGGGAUGUUGAUUGUGUUCGGGAUGUUUUUAAUGAGCGUGAUUCCAACAUGAUUUUAAACAUUCCUAUUAGCAAGCGGAAGCCCCGGGAUGGUUGGUAUUGGUUUUGGGAUCAAAGAGGUGCUUACACAGCUAAAUCAGCUUACAAGCAGCUCACGUUGGUUGCUCAUGAUCCUCGGCCAUGGACUAAAAUUUGGAAUCUGUUCAUUCCACCGAAGGAGGCUCUAAACUCAAAGCGUGUGGCUUGCUCACUUGUGUGUCAUAUGUGCAGAAGGGUGGACGAGUCUGCUGUUCACAUGUUUGUUCAUUGCUCUGAGGCUAUGAAGAUAUGGAAUAAACUUGGAGUGCAGCUGCCGACCGGUAUUGAUGAUGUGAGUACAUGGUUCUUUACAUGUCUGAAUACCUUGGGGGUGGAUUUAGUGGAGAAAUUUGUGAUGGCGUGUUUGGGGAUUUGGAUGUCAAGGAAUGAUUAUGUUUGGAAGGGGGUUUGUUUUGAUCUUAAUCAUAUGCUUCGCAGGUUCCUAACGUUUCUGGAAAAUUGGCAGCAUGCAAACUCCACUCCUCCAGCAGGUGUAACACGGUUGAUGCCUACCAACGUGUCACACUGGGUCAAGCCAAAGCGAGGAAUGCUUAAGUUUAACACAUAUGCUGCUAUCCGAGAUGAGACGCACGAAAUGGGCUUGGACUGGGUAUUGAGAGAUGAUGAAGGCAGGUUUUUUGCUGCAAAGAAUAUGUGUUUAUCGGGGAACUAUGCGGUCAAAGAAGCUGAAGCCAUAUGCAUCCGGGAGGCGUUAAAGAAUGGAUUCCCAAGUUGUUUUUAA